AAAGGGGAGGAGGGGCGUCAGUGGAGAACCCCCCCCAGCCCUUUCUAUUGCGGACAAGGAAAGCGGACUAAUCUGGAGCCAGGGAGGCGGAGGACCAAGAGAAAACAAAUAGGAUUUUCUCCCCACCCCAUUGAAAGAAGACAAUGGAGAAGGCAGUCAGAAUUCUGGUGGGCCAUGUGAAAUGGGAAUAACAAAGAAACCAUUUAAAUACAUGGAGUGUGAAAACAGAGAACAUAAACAAUUUGAAAGUAUGGAGUGUGGAAGGAGCUUCACUGACAAUGGAAACCUUAGAAAACAUCAAUGGACUCACACAGGGGAGAAACCAUUUAAAUGCUUGGAGUGUGGAAAGAGCUUCAGUCAGAGUGGACACCUUAGAAUUCAUCAACGGACUCACACGGGGGAGAAACCAUUUAAAUGCAUGGAGUGUGGAAAGAUCUUCACUACUAGCGGAAGCCUUAGAAUUCAUCAACGGACUCACACAGAGAAAUCAUUUAAAUGCAUGGAGUGUGGAAAGAGCUUCACUGAGAGUGGACAACUUAGAGUUCAUCAACGGACUCACACAGGGGAGAAACCAUUUAAUUGCAUGGAGUGUGGAAAGAGCUUCACUGAGAGUGGACAACUUAGACUUCAUCAACGGACUCACACAGGGGAGAAACCAUUUAAUUGCAUGGAGUGUGGAAAGAGCUUCACUACUAGCGGAAGCCUUAGAAUUCAUCAACGGACUCACACAGGGGAGAAAUCAUUUAAAUGCAUGGAGUGUGGAAAGAGCUUCACUGAGAGUGGACAACUUAGAGUUCAUCAACGGACUCACACAGGGGAGAAACCAUUUAAAUGUAUGGAGUGUGGAAAGAGCUUCACUACUAGCGGAAGCCUUAGAAUUCAUCAACGGACUCACACAGGGGAGAAAUCAUUUAAAUGCAUGGAGUGUGGAAAGAGCUUCACUGAGUUUGGACAACUUAGAGUUCAUCAGCGGACUCACACAGGGGAGAAACCAUUUAAAUGUAUGGAGUGUGGAAAGAGCUUCAGUCAAAGUGGACAACUUAGAGUUCAUCAACGGACUCACACAGGGGAGAAAUCAUUUAAAUGCAUGGAGUGUGAAAAGAGCUUCACUGUGAGUGGACAACUUAGAGUUCAUCAACGGACUCACACAGGGGAGAAACCAUUUAAAUGUAUGGAGUGUGGAAAGAGCAUCAGUCAAAGUGGAAACCUUAGAAUUCAUCAACGGACUCACACAGGGGAGAAACCAUUUAAAUGCAUGGAAUGUGGAAUGAGCUUCACUAGGAGUGGAUCACUUAGAAACCAUCAACGGACUCACACAGGGGAGAAACCAUUUAAAUGCAUGGAAUGUGGAAUGAGCUUCACUGAGAGUGGAUCACUUAGAAACCAUCAACGGACUCACACAGGGGAGAAACCACUUAAAUGCAUGGAAUGUGGAAUGAGCUUCACUAGGAGUGGAUCACUUAGAAACCAUCAACGGACUCACACAGGGGAGAAACCAUUUAAAUGCAUGGAGUGUGGAAAGAGCUUCACUGAGAGUGGAACGCUUAGAAAGCAUCAACGGACUCACACAGGGGAGAACCCAUUUAAAUGCAUGGAGUUUGGAAAGAGCUUCAAUAGAAGUGGACACCUUAGCAAACACCAUUGAACUCACAGAGCGAAAACCACUUACUUAUAUGGAGUGUAGAUAGCUCUUCAAUCCUGAUGUUCUUACAAAACAUCAAUGGACUCACAAGGAGGAGAAGCUUUAAGAGUUGAAACCCAACAGAUAUACCAACAAAUAGAAAAAGCAGAAAUGAUUUGAAUGGAAGGAGUGUGGGAAGUUCUUCUAUUACUUUAUAUGCAAUUUGUUUUUAUAUGGAAUUUAUUUACAAAUUGCUACAUACUUUCCAGAUAUACAUUUAUUUCAUACUUGACUUCCUCUCCAUGGUUUCCCCAUAGAAUUUUUAAAUUGCUGCAUCUUUCAGAUAUUUACACCUUACCUUUUCCACACUCUUCUCCAGCAAGUAUUCAACUGUUGUUUUUCAUUCAGCUCCUACCUGUGUUUGUACAUGUUUACAAAAAUUCUUUAAAUAUUCAACAAAAGGUUUCCACUCCUCUUUAAAGUCUGCCUUGAUUUCUUAUUUUCAUAGUUAAAUUUGCCAAUUUGACAUAUUCCAUCACUUUUGGAACAGUGUAGCUGUCUCUUGAUUUUGCCAUUUUUGUGCAUAAAGUACUCUUGCUGCUGUC